AGGUUUCACUCUCUGCGGGCCACAGAAGAGGGCAGGUGCUACAAUACCAGCUCUGGGAGUCUAAAUUCCUGUUCUUUAGGGACCUGUGUCUUUCUUUGGAUACUUUGGUCUUUCAGCCAUGUCUCACUCAACUCCUGUCCCUCCAAGCAAGAGGAAGAAGGCCAAUAAGAUCAUCACUGACCUGUCCAACAUCAGCCAGAAUGAGGAUGAGCUGGAUGCCGAAGCUGCUGAAUUUGAUCUUGGCACCAAGAUCAAGACACCCAAAGAUUUGAUGUUGGAGGAGUUGUCCCUGCUCAAGAACAAAGGGUCCAAGAUGUUCCAGAUGAGGCAGCAGAGAGUCGAGAGGUUUAUUGUUACCAAUGAGAAUAUGCAGAAUCUCCAGAACCUGCUGAUGUCCCCUCCAGUUCCACCAAAGCCCGAGAAACCAAAGGAAGAAAUUAUGGAUCAGAGUGUGGAUGAAGAGGCAGAGAAGGCCAAGAGAAGGAAGGAGUAUGUACGUACCUAUGUUUCCCCGUGGGAAAAAGCAAUGAAGGACAAUGAAGAGUUAAGAGCCACCAUGAAGCCUUCCAUGCCAGGACCUGUUAAAGAACACCCUGAGAUGCCACAGUACAAGAGUUUUAACAGAACGGCUAUGCCAUUUGGAGGCUUUGAUAAAGCCUCCAAAAUGUUGACAUUUGAGCUUCCCGAGGUCAACACUGCCAACGAGGAGCCAGAGCCUCUUCCCUCCCUGCAGGCCGACAUCCGCUCCAGGCCCUCGUUCAACCGCACGCCCAUCGGUUGGGUCUGCAGCGACGAAACCUCACACAUCCACACGGACCUGGAAGUCGCUUUUGACGGGGAAACAGAUGACCUGUGAAGCCCACACAGAUACAAGCAUAUUUACAGCACAGAGACAAAAAUACAAAGAGAUGCAACACAUUGUGUUUUUACAUACAUAACUGAUGCACUUUCACGUGUCCAGACCUGAGAAUAUAACAAAAGCAAACAUUUAUGUUACAAGUUGAUAAGAUAGGUCUGAAGAAAACCACCUGAACAAACAAUCAAAUCUAUCAAACAUAAAUAAAGUAUCAGUUAUGCAAAGAUGAUUUGAUGAUGAAGAAUACUUACCUUUGGCUAUAAUUCUUUAAAUUAUCUAUAAAUGAGUCUUAAAUGUAUUAAGAAAGCUGUCAGCUAAUGCAAAUCCUGUGAAUAGCGAUAGAUAACCUAUUUGCCUUGAAAUAAAAAACAAAACGUUGUAAAUAUGCAAUAAAUGUCCUGUUUUCACUCUGCUCA